AUGCUCCAGAGGGUCCCUGGCGGUGGGCGGCCCGUCUCCAGGAUGUGGCGCGCGCUCCCUCAGUGGAAGCCAGAGUGCUGUCACUGCCUUGCGGCCUCAUUCUUCAUUCUUCGAGGUUUCCCUAGCCUCAACUGCGCGGCCCCAGCGGGCGUGAGCCAGGGCCCGCAGAAGCCCCUGCGGGUGGGCUUUUACGACAUCGAGCGGACCCUGGGCAAGGGCAACUUCGCGGUGGUGAAGCUGGCCCGGCACCGAGUCACCAAAACCCAGGUAGCAAUAAAAAUAAUCGACAAAACACGCCUAGAUUCAAGCAAUUUGGAGAAAAUAUAUCGUGAGGUUCAGAUCAUGAAGCUUCUGAAUCACCCCCAUAUCAUAAAACUUUAUCAGGUAAUGGAAACAAAGGAUAUGCUUUACAUUGUCACUGAAUUUGCAAAAAAUGGAGAAAUGUUUGAUUAUUUGACUUCCAAUGGGCACCUCAGCGAGAAUGAAGCACGGAAGAAGUUCUCGCAGAUUCUGUCGGCCGUGGAGUACUGCCACAGCCAUCACAUCGUGCACCGGGACCUCAAGACCGAGAAUCUGCUGCUGGAUGGCAACAUGGACAUCAAGCUGGCAGACUUUGGGUUUGGGAAUUUCUACAAGUCGGGAGAGCCUCUGUCUACAUGGUGUGGGAGCCCCCCGUACGCGGCUCCGGAAGUCUUUGAGGGGAAGGAGUAUGAAGGCCCCCAGCUGGACAUCUGGAGCCUUGGCGUUGUGCUGUACGUCCUCGUCUGCGGAUCUCUCCCCUUUGACGGGCCCAGCCUGCCAGCCCUGCGGCAGCGGGUGCUUGAGGGCCGGUUCCGAAUCCCCUUCUUCAUGUCUCGAGACUGUGAGACGCUGAUCCGCCGCAUGCUGGUGGUGGACCCUGCCAAGCGCAUCAGCAUCGCCCAGAUCCGGCAGCACAAGUGGAUGCAGGCCGACCCCACCCUGCCACUCACUCGCCCCACGAACGCUGCUCUCAGCUACAACUCCAACCUGGGCGACUAUGACGAGCAGGUGCUGGGCAUCAUGCAGACCCUCGGGGUGGACCGGCAGAGGACCGUGGAGUCACUGCAGAACAGCAGCUAUAAUCACUUCGCAGCCAUUUAUUACCUCCUCCUGGAGCGGCUGAAGGAGUACCGCAACACCCCGCCGUCAGCCCGGCCGGGCCCGGCCCGGCAGCAGAGGCCCAGGAGCUUGGACCAUAGCAGUUUGGAGGUGCCUCAGGAAGGCCUUCCCGGUGAUGCUUUCCGGUCCUCUCUGCUGUGCCCACAGCCCCAGGCCUUGGGGCAGUCUAUCCUGCAGGCCGAAAUGGACUGUGACCUCCACAGCUCGCUCCAGCCCUGGCUCUUCCCUGUGGACACCAACUGCAAUGGCGUGUUCCGGCAUCGCUCGGUCUCCCCCAGCAGCCUGCUGGACACGACCAUCAGUGAGGAGGUCAGGCAGGGCCAGGGCCUGAAGGAGGAGCCAGAGGCGCAGAGACCCCUGCCUGGCAGCACGGUCCGGAGGCACACACUGGCCGAGGUCUCCACCUUCUCCCCGUGUAUCCCUCCAUGUAUAGUCAUCUCCUCCUCGUCGGCGAGUCCUUCAGAAGGCACCAGCUCUGACAGCUGUCUGACCUUCUCGGCGGGGGAUAGCCCAGCGGGGCUUAGUGGAUGCCUGGCUGCUCAGGGGCUGGUGGGCACCUGUUCUCCACUCAAACUGGCCUCACCACUGCUGGGGGCCCAGUCUGCCACACCGGUGCUGCAGGCGCAGGGGGCCCUGGGAGGAGCUGCCCUGCUCCCCAUCAGUUUCCAGGAAGGCCGGAGGGCUUCGGACACCUCACUCACUCAAGGCCUGAAAGCCUUUCGGCAGCAGCUGAGGAAGAACGCGAGGACCAAAGGGUUUCUGGGCCUGAACAAGAUCAAGGGGCUGGCUCGCCAGGUGUGCCAGCCCUCGUCCAGCCGGGCCACUCGGGGAGGCCUGAGCGCUUUCCAGCUGCCCGCUCAGAGCCCAGGCCUGCAUGGCAGCGGGGCCAGCAGCCGGGAAGGCAGGGGCCUGCUGGAGGAGGUGCUGCACCAGCAAAGGUUGCUGCAGUUACAGCACCACCCAGCAGCUCCGCCCAGCUGCCAGCAGGCUCCCCAGCUGCCCGCAGUCCCGCUGGUCCUGGCCCCCUGUGACAGUGCCCUCCUUGUGUCAGGACUCCAGAAGGAGCUGGGGCUGGGGCCUGGCCCGCUGCUGCCACCCCACCUCCUCCAGGCCGGGGUCUCCCCGGUGGCCUCAGCGGCCCACCUCUUGGACACCCACCUGCACAUCAGCACUGCCACGGCACCCCUCCCUGCCGCCACACCCCUGCAGCCACACUUCGCCAUGCUGCCCUCGGGUUUCGACCCCAUGGGGCUGCCGCAGGGGGACUGUGAGAUGGAGGACCUGACCUCAGGCCAGCUGGGCACGUUUGUCCUGGUGCAGUGAGGGCUACCAUGCCACCCUCCUCCUGCAUGGGCUGCUGACUCCUCGAAGCAAUAAUCUCAAGAGUAUGUGAAGGCGAUUCCGGACUCAAAGCCAAUAACUUCUGAGAAGCAAAACAAGCAAUACGUUUGGUGUUUUGGCUUUUUAGUUUAUUUUUGUUUUAUUUUCUCCUUGCACUGAACAGCUGCUGCUGUGAGUAGGGACUGGAAAGUUUCUGAAGAAAAAUAAUAAUUGAGGGUGUGUUGUGGGGGUGGGUGGACAGGAGGGAGAAGGAGGGAAGCGACAAGACAGAGGACAGUGCUGGCCCCGCUCACAGGCCAGCGCCACUGUGGUCAGGUGGCGGCAGGAGGGGACCAUCAGCUCCCCGUCCAUGGGCGCAUCAGGUCACGGAGGGCACUGCCUUGGACAAAGCCACAGUGUGAGCCACGCGCCGUGGGAACAAGUGUGUGCACCUCCGCCACGUGUGUGCGCGUGCGGGGCUGAGUAGCAUCCUUUUUUAAUGAACAGUUCCACUUCCUGAAACAUUUAUGCUUCGAAUGAAAGCUGUGAACUUUGUGCUUUAUGCACAAGUUUUUAAAAAGCUCUAAUGGCCAGCCCAGGAGAAGAUAAUCUGCAAAUUCUUGGAAUUCUCUCUCUUGAAGUCAGAACACCGAGGCUCACUUUUUCUUGUUUUAGAUGGGAGUGUUAUGAACUGCUUGGUGGUCGAUUCCAGGAGUCUUCGGAGGAGCCACAAGAAAGAACCUCAAAGGGGCGGGUAGGCUCUGUCCUGGCACUUGGCACAGGGCCUGGGUGCCUGCGAGGGAAGUUACCUCCUGCCGCACAUCUUAUUUCCGCUGCUAAUUACGUUUUUACGCAUUUCAUUAUCAGGGUCCAAAAAGAACAGCUGACUGGGGGAUGUGCAAUAUAGUGAGGCUGGGACUGGGACAGUGGGCGGCGACCGCCUGCACUCACGGGUCACUGUCGGACAGCCCCACCUUCCCCAGGCCCAUAUCUGUUAGGCUUUUGUUCAAGAAAAUGGAAUGAGAGGUCAGGUCAUUAUUGUUCAAGCUUUGUUCCUUUUUAAGCAAAUACUGUAUAUGUGUAUAAAUAGACAGACACUACUUAUUUUUUAUAUUUUUUACUACACCUUUGUGUUCCUGGUUUAAAUUCCCCUCUGGCAAUGUUACAAAGUGCUACACCAGGUCUGUGUGGAGGAGGAAGACAAGUUGCCCUUACCUGGCAGGUAGACCCAGGUAGUGGCUCCGGUGGCCAUGGGCCUCUGAGUGAAGGGAGGACACUACUGUGUGCUCCCUCUGCCUGGUCAGCACUGGUCCUUUACCCCCAGGUGCCUUCAGCUCUCUUGGCUCUUACACCCUCAGUAUUAACAGGUAAUGGCAGGGGAAGGUCAGCAUUUAUAAAAGCCAAAGAUCACCGGAGUUUCUGGAGGGAGGGGAGGUGGUGGCCCAGAGAGGACACAGCCGCUGCUGGCCCUGCGUCUGCGUCUGCCCAGCUUGCUGCUGCUGUCCUUCCUGCCACCACUGCUGCUGCUCUGUGGCUGCUUCAAUGAUGGGGGCAAAGGACUGUCCUUGCUUCCGCUGACUUGUAAGGAAGGUUGGGGACUGAGAGAGAACCUGGGGUCAUGGGCCUUUGCCUCCUCACAGAGACAGCAGCACGUGGAGUCCAACACAGAACCAGUUUCCCUUUUGAACAUCAGUUCUGUUCUAACCCAGAGAUCAAAGGCCUCAGAACAACGACAAGCACUUUACGUUCCCCGUGGUUUUCUUUCUCGUUGCUGUCAGUCAAGGUGUGUGUCUCGUUUAAGUGUGUGUGACGUGUGUUUUAUAGGUUUCUCCACAGUGCUGUUCCCGAAUGAAUGCGGUAGCCAUUCAAAGGCACUCUGAUCUGAUUAAGAUGUAUAUGGUUUGGUUUGUUGUUUUUUUUUACUAUAACUGAAUUAAUUAUUUUGUUUCUUAUGUUAACAUGACAAAUGUAUGCCAAAUGAUUAGUGGAUGUAUGUUUUUUAAUUUAAUAUUUAAAUAAAAUAUUGGAGGGAAAAACCUUGA